AAAACUUUAGUUUUUUCUCAGUAUGUUUCUGCACUGAACGUGGUGGAAGAGUACAUCCAACGCCGAAACAAAGAAGCCAAAUUGAAAUUAGGGAAUGACUGCAAGUUGAUAAGGCACCUCCGACUGGAUGGAUCCACUCAGCAAUCUAUGCGGCAAGAUCUUGUAAACAAAUUCAACAAAGAAGAUUCCAAAUGUAAUGUGUUUCUAAUUACGACACAAGCUGGUGGUUUCGGCUUGAAUUUGCCAUCGGCUUCGCGGGUUGUGAUUCUGGACGCUGCGUGGAAUCCUGCAAACGAUGCGCAAGCAUCAGUACGAGCCUUCCGGCUUGGCCAGAAGCAGCCAGUCUUUGUAUAUAGAUUUAUUUCGUAUGGAACGAUGGAGAAUUCGGUAUACGAUCGUCAG